CAAAUCUGUGCCGCUUCGCGAAAUCCCAAGCACGUUUGCGUUUGUUUCAGACACUACAAAACGCGACCUUUAACUGUUCCUUACUUUACUCUCUGCCGGAGGACCAUCCAUGGCUGACCGUGAGAGCUCCGGAGCUCUCAUAGACGGUAACUCUGAACUGCCCGAAGAAAACGAAUCAGCAGAAGAAGAAGAAAAAGAAGGAAAGAGAGAGGAACUAAAUCGAGUCUCUGAAGCACAGCCUGGCGAGUCUCAGCAAGGCGACUUGCAGAAUUCUGAACUUUCCCGGCAAGCAGAGCCACCGGGGCCUGAUUCGGAAACCCUAGCUGUGCCCACUUCGCUUGAGCUGGAAGAAAAAGAUCAGAAUGCCGAUACCUCUACUACGCAGGAGGCUGUGAAAGGCCAAAAUAAGGAGCCAGUUGGACCUUCUGACAAGGAACUUACUGAAAGAAAAUCAGUCCAGACAACUCAAACACAGAUAGAAAAUCAACCUCAGGUGUCGGUGUGUUCAAGUGCAUUGUCUGAACUGUCACCAACAUCCGUAACACAAUCUUUAUCAUCUGCUCCUAGUCCAGCUUUACCAGAACAAAGACAAUCUUCUCCAAAUGUUAAUAAUGCAAAUAUGCUGGAAGUAUACAAGAAAAAGCCUUCUCGCCGCAAUACCUUGUCUCCUGUUUCUGUUGUGAGGGCAUCCUCAUCUGAUGGAUACAAUUGGCGGAAGUAUGGCCAGAAGCAAGUUAAAAGUCCUACAGGUUCUCGAAGCUAUUACAGGUGUACUCAUUCAGAAUGUUGUGCUAAGAAGAUUGAGUGCUGUGACCAUUCAGGCCAUGUUUUAGAGGUUGUAUAUAAAAGUCAACACAGCCAUGAUCCACCACGGAAGACUAACCCCAGUAGAGAAAGUAAGUUUGCAUCAUCCAAACAGCCUAAUGUGGAGAACAUUGUUCUAGAGAAGCCCAUCAGAGUGCUGAAUGAUCCAAAUCCGUGCCCUUCUUCAAAGGAACCUCCACAAGAAGCACCAUGCAGUGCUGAUAGGAAAAGACUAAACUCAUGUGAUCAAAGUGAUAAUGGUAAAGUUGUCUUGAAGGAUGAGCAUGUUAUUGAGACAGAGCCCAAAAAAAGAGUGAAGAAAGGUGACGGUACAUGCCUGGAUUCUCCAGUAAAACCUGGAAAGAAACAGAAGUUUGUCGUACAUGCAGCAGGAGAUGUGGGGAUAUCGGGUGAUGGAUACCGAUGGCGCAAGUAUGGACAGAAAAUGGUGAAGGGGAACCCUCAUCCUAGAAACUACUACAGAUGCACUUCAGCAGGAUGUCCUGUGCGUAAGCACAUUGAGACUGCUGUCGAUAACUCUAAUGCUGUAAUCAUUACAUACAAGGGAGUUCAUGACCAUGACAUGCCGGUGCCUAAGAAACGGCAUGGCCCACUAAGUGCUCCUCUUGUGGCUGCAGCAGCACCUGUUUCAAUGAACAAUUCACAGCAAUUCAAGAAAACAGACAAACUGCAGAAGCAAAAAUCUUCCACGCAGUGGUCGGUGGACACCGAAGGCGAAUUAACCGGGGAAGCCUUGGAACUCGGGGGUGAGAAAGCAAUGGAAUCGGCUCGAACUCUCUUGAGCAUUGGUUUUGAAAUAAAGCCUUGCUAAAAGAUACUUUCAGAAAAUCCUGCAGUUGUAUCUGUAUAAAUUAAUUGGCAGGUAUUGUGUAUUUUUCCCGCUUACCAAUUUUCACCCCUUUGUAGUUUUUCUUUCCACGUAGUGUUUCGGUGGGAACAAUUUGUUAAUAUUUGGUCGUACAACCUUUCAACUUGGCUUAAUGAGUUUGGUAGUGUUGGAAUGAAUAUAGGGUUGAUUGGCA